CUGUUUAUGGGGCACCCGGUCGGAGCAGGGCAAGGGGGUGGGGUGGGAAGGGGCUCCCGGCUGUGGGACGGGCAGAUUAGGAGGCAGGGCAUGAGUCAGGGGUUUGGGAGCCUCCCCCAGGGCACCUGCCUGUGCUGUUAGAGCAGUUGGGAGCUCAGCCAGUCACAGAGGGCACCAGUGGCGGCAGGCAGGACUUCCCGAAGGACCCCCGAGGCUCCUGAGCAGGGACCUGAGGUGCAGGUUAUGCUGGCGGCCCAGAGAGCAGAGAACGACUGGACACUGAGGACGGCAUCAUGGGGGACAUGCGGGACCACGAGGAAGUGCUGGAGAUCCCAGAUCGAGACAGCGAAGAAGAACUGGAGAACAUAAUAGGACAGAUAGCAUAUAGAGACCUAACCAUCCCUGUGACCGAGAUGCAGGACCCAGAAGCUCUUCCCACAGAGCAAACAGCCACAGACUACGUCCCCAGCAGUACCUCCACACCGCACCCAAGCUCCGGUCAGGUCUAUGUGGAGCUUCAGGAACUGAUGAUGGACCAGAGGAACCAGGAACUACAAUGGGUGGAGGCAGCGCACUGGAUAGGGCUGGAGGAAAACCUUCGAGAGGAUGGUGUAUGGGGUCGCCCACAUCUAUCUUACCUGACCUUCUGGAGCCUUCUAGAACUGCAGAAGGUCUUCUCAAAAGGCACCUUCCUUCUGGGUCUGGCAGAGACAUCCCUGGCUGGGGUGGCCAAUCACCUUCUAGACUGCUUCAUCUACGAGGAUCAGAUUCGGCCUCAGGACCGAGAAGAACUGCUCCGGGCUCUGCUACUCAAACGCAGCCAUGCUGAGGACCUAGGGAAUCUGGAGGGGGUGAAGCCCGCCGUCCUGACCCGCUCUGGGGGCGCCUCUGAGCCUCUGCUUCCUCACCAGCCAUCGCUGGAGACCCAGCUGUACUGCGGACAGGCAGAGGGGGGCUCAGAAGGACCCUCAACAUCUGGGACUCUGAAGAUCCCCCCAGAUUCAGAAACCACACUGGUGCUAGUGGGCCGGGCUAAUUUUCUGGAGAAGCCUGUACUGGGCUUCGUGAGACUGAAGGAGGCCGUGCCUCUGGAGGACCUGGUGUUGCCAGAGCCUGUGGGCUUCCUUCUUGUUCUGCUGGGACCUGAGGCUCCGCAUGUCGACUAUACCCAGCUGGGCAGGGCUGCAGCAACUCUCAUGACAGAAAGAGUGUUCCGCAUUACCGCCUCCAUGGCGCAUAACCGAGAGGAGCUGCUGCGCUCUCUGGAGAGCUUUCUGGACUGUAGCCUGGUGCUGCCGCCCACAGACGCCCCUUCAGAAAAAGCUCUGCUUAACCUGGUACCGGUGCAGAAGGAGCUGCUUAGGAGGCGGUACCUGCCCAGCCCCGCCAAGCCAGACCCCAACUUGUACAACACUCUAGACUUGAACGGGGGAAAAGGGGGCCCUGGUGACGAAGACGACCCUCUACGGCGCACAGGCCGGAUCUUUGGAGGCCUGAUCCGUGAUAUCCGGCGCCGUUAUCCUUACUACCUGAGUGACAUCACCGAUGCGCUCAGUCCCCAGGUGUUGGCUGCUGUCAUCUUCAUCUACUUUGCUGCCUUGUCACCUGCCGUCACCUUCGGCGGCCUCCUGGGAGAAAAGACCCGGAACUUGAUGGGGGUGUCGGAGCUGCUCAUCUCCACAGCAGUGCAAGGCAUUCUCUUUGCUCUCCUGGGGGCACAGCCCCUGCUUGUGCUAGGCUUCUCAGGACCCCUGCUGGUGUUUGAAGAAGCCUUCUUCUCGUUCUGUGAAAGCAAUAACCUGGAGUAUAUCGUGGGCCGCGCGUGGAUCGGCUUCUGGCUCAUCCUGCUCGUGAUGUUGGUGGUGGCCUUUGAAGGCAGCUUCCUCGUCCAAUACAUCUCCCGAUACACCCAGGAGAUCUUCUCCUUCCUCAUCUCCCUCAUCUUCAUCUAUGAGACUUUCUCCAAGCUGAUCAAGAUUUUCCAGGACUACCCACUACAACAGACUUAUGCCCCUGUUGUGAUGAAGCCCAAACCUCAGGGCCCUGUGCCCAACACAGCCCUCUUCUCUCUUGUGCUCAUGGCUGGCACCUUCCUACUUGCCAUGACGCUACGAAAGUUCAAGAACAGCACCUACUUCCCUGGCAAGCUGCGUAGAGUCAUUGGGGACUUCGGGGUCCCCAUCUCCAUCCUGAUAAUGGUCCUGGUGGAUUCCUUCAUCAAGGGCACCUACACACAGAAACUCUCCGUGCCUGAUGGCCUCAAAGUGUCCAACUCCUCCGCCCGGGGCUGGGUCAUCCACCCUCUGGGGCUGUAUAGACUUUUCCCCACGUGGAUGAUGUUUGCCUCCGUUCUGCCCGCCCUGCUUGUCUUCAUUCUCAUUUUCCUUGAGUCUCAGAUCACCACGCUGAUUGUCAGUAAACCAGAACGGAAGAUGAUCAAGGGCUCUGGCUUCCACCUGGACCUGUUGCUGGUCGUUGGCAUGGGUGGGGUGGCUGCCCUCUUUGGGAUGCCUUGGCUCAGUGCCACCACUGUAAGAUCUGUUACCCACGCCAAUGCCCUCACAGUCAUGGGGAAGGCCAGUGGUCCAGGGGCUGCAGCCCAGAUCCAAGAGGUCAAGGAACAGCGGAUCAGUGGGCUCCUGGUCUCUGUGCUUGUGGGACUGUCCAUCCUCAUGGAACCUAUCCUGUCCCGCAUCCCCCUGGCUGUGCUCUUCGGCAUCUUCCUGUACAUGGGAGUCACAUCCCUCAGUGGCAUCCAGCUCUUUGACCGCAUCUUGCUCCUGUUCAAGCCACCCAAGUACCACCCGGAUGUGCCCUUUGUCAAGAGGGUGAAGACCUGGCGCAUGCACCUCUUCACGGGCAUCCAGAUCAUCUGCCUGGCUGUGCUGUGGGUGGUGAAGUCCACUCCUGCCUCGCUGGCCUUGCCCUUCGUCCUCAUCCUCACAGUGCCUCUCCGUCGUCUCAUCCUCCCGCUCAUCUUCAGAGAGCUGGAACUCCAGUGUCUGGACGGUGAUGAUGCCAAAGUGACCUUUGACGAGGAGAAUGGCCUGGAUGAAUAUGACGAAGUGCCCAUGCCUGUGUGAGCGGCAGGCCCAGGCCCCAACCACUCCACUUUCCCACCCUCCCAGGAAGACCACUCAUGGGCGUGUUAUGGCUGUGGGUGGGGAAGGAGGGGUGUUCUAGGAAACCCUCUAUCUAAGGUACACUGGAUUUUCUGGCUGGAGACGACCGGAAGCUAUAUCAGGGAAUUGGGGUCACAGUCUCUUGCAACUGUAUGGGCCCCAGGCUGGAAAAGUUAGAUCUGUGUCUCUUCUCUUCAUGGCAUAGUUAUAAAUAGCAAAGGGGAGAGACGGAGGACACUUUUCAUGUUCCUGCUGGCUGUGUGGCCUUAGGUAAGUCCCUUGACCUCUCUGGCCUCUGCUUCCUACUCUAUAAAAUGUAUGCAUUGGUAAGAGUACCUAUGUUACCAUAUGGCAGCUGAGGACCAAGAGCAAAUGUCCAAGAACCAUUACAGCCUUCAUUGUUCACCAAGCCUGCCCAGAUCACACAGCCCCUGGGGCCACACAGCGCGUACCUGAGCCUCCUGACCUGGAGGCCACACCUCUGUCCUCCAUCUUCCCACCCACAUGCCUGCCCUGUACAGAAAUACCCCUAAUGACUUCCUCCCAUUUUCUGUCCCAGCCCCACCCCAAGACUCCCUUCUCUGCAUCCAGAGAGGCGUCCUGGUGAGAAUAAGGGACUGGGGCUCAGACUCCUAGGUACUUACUCUCUCCCACUAAGUAUUCAUUCAUUUGUUCAUUCAUUCAUUCAUUCACUUAUUCAUUCAUUCAUUCAUACACUCCAUAGCCACCUACUAAAGGCCCUAGACCUAGUAGACACAGAGUGAACUGGUUCAAGUUCCUCUGGGUGAGGCCAAUACCUAAGCCUGCUCUGGAUGUGGGUGGGGAUAGAGGGAGGGUGAGAGGGUUGUAAUUUAUUAACUGUGUAUUUUCUAAGUGCUCCUUCUGAGCCUCAGUUCUGCCCCCAUGAGAAACCUGCUGUGUCCAACCCCAGCUAAGCUGAAUCUUGGGGGGAACCCAAGCUUUGACCCAUUGGAGUAGGAGACAGUGGCUUGCUCAAAAUAUGGAUAAACAUCUAUUUUUUUUUUACAAAAAGAUAAUAUUUUUAAAAAAAGUUGAAAGAACUAGAACUUGUGAGAGAAACAGAAAAUCCGAGUGAGCAGGCAGCAGGAGGCUUGCAGUGGGAGAUUCUCGGGGGAUUUGAAAGCACAUGCCUGCCCUCCUGGCACAUCACCACAGAACGCUUGUUUCCACGUUCUAGAAAUGAGGGCAGGGAUGUACCUACCUUGUAGGGAGCUGGGAGGAUUGACCCACAAGGUCUAAGAAAAGCGUUUGCCAUGUUUUGGGCACACCCCAUCCUCUCCUGCCUUGCCUGCUCCUUGAACAUUACCAAAGAGAAUGGGGAUCGUGCCGCCCACUCUGCCAACGCUCUUCCCCCACCGCCGUGCUUGGGAAUAGGUUUUGCCAAUAAACGUGUCUGUGUUAAAGGGG